AUGUAUAGGCUUUCGCCUACUCCGUCUUGCUCGCGCGCGCCGGGUGGGGGUGUCCGCAUCUGUCGUGUGGAUCUACCUUUCAUUUGGAUGGGGGUGUGGGUGGGGGAGGCGUAUUCGGUGGAUUUGUGGAUUGAGGUGUGGCAGUUGAGGAUGGUGUUGUUGGCGUGGGGGGAGGAGGUGAGGAAGAUGGAGGGGGAGGUUGGGGCUGUGGGAGUGGUAGGGGCAGUGGCGAGUUGUGGGGGGACGGAGACGGGGGCGAGGAUAAGGAAACGGUUGGGGGAGAUCAGGGCCGAGUAUGAGGGGUUUGUGAGGGAGUGUUCGAUGGUGAUUGAGGGGAUGGCGUUGUCAGCGCAGUUGUCGUGGAGCCAGAUUGGGUACCAGGACACGCAGGCCAACCUCAAAAUUGCGAGCGAUACGCGCGAGGACUCGAACCAGAUGCGGUCGAUUGCUUUUCUCACCAUGGUGUUUCUUCCGGCCACCUUUCUUGCUGCCGUCUUCUCCAUGACCUUCUUCAACUGGAAACCCGAAGAGGGGGAGCGGUUCGUGUCACCAUAUAUCGGGAUCUAUAUUGGGCUGGCCGUUGUCGUUACGGCUGUUGUGCUCUCAUGCUGGAUCUGGUUUACCAGGCGCAAUCGUGUCUCAUACUCGGACGACGAUGAGAAGCCACUAUUGGAAGAUUAUCCAACGGGGAUGGUGUGA